UGAAUGUCAGCUGCCGAAAGCAACCUGUACCAUGGCCCUGUCAAUACCCGUUGACAACCUAAUCAUCGGCAGCCUCAAGCAUGUACCCCUUGAACCAGUCACAGCCUGAUAUGCCCAAGAGGAUACCCGAAUGUGGAAGCUUCAGCGGCAAGUGUUAUAUGUAAAUAUAUUGUCCUUCUUUCGUUGGCUUUCUCAAUGCAUUUCUGCGCCUACAAGGCUUGUCAAUCUGCGCUGGACAACUCAUCUCCUGUGCCAGAUACUAUGGAAUCUGCUGCGUGUGACGCACCCAGUGCUCAAUCUUCUCCCGAGUUGCGGUGCCAUACAUGCACCAGAGUACACGGAAGUUGAUAUUCUGUGUGGAAGCCUCUUCACCCUCGCCCCGAUCAUACCGGUGGAUAUCUUUUUCAAUCCCGAAGACUGCAGAUAGGCCAACAGCCAUGACCGAACGAUCCGGGUGGGCUACUUCGCAUCCGCCGCAACUUCAGGU